CUAUAUAGCACAUAAAGAGAAAUAAUGGAGGGUCUGAUCCCGUUGGUUUACAAAGCCGUCAUGCAAAUCCGUUACGGCAACGAGUCCUCGUCGCAGCAACUUUCUUCGUCUUACUACGUUCGUCUUCCGGGAGACUCUGGACGGUUCGCAAGAUCCGAUGUCGACGUAUCGGGUUUUGGAUCUUCUUCCGAUACGAAUUCGUCGUCGAAGACCACUACGUGUGCUGUUUACACGGGAGUCCAGUCACCAGUUUCUCGUCAGGUUAUUACGUGAUUCACACAUAUAUGCGCUGCUGUAAGGAACUAAUUAACGAUGCGUGCGUGCAUGUGAGAAUGAUGAGAACGGUUCUUGAAUUCCGUUUUGUGUGGUUUAGUAAAAUCUGAUGUAAUAAUUGGGUUUGGGAGAUUGAUUCUCUAAAAAUCGUGAGAUGUAAACCCAAAAGGGUAGUAGUCUCGUGGCUUUUAUGAUUUGUGUGUGUUCGUCUAAUUGUAUAAAAAUUUAUAUGAAUAUUUAGUUUAUUCGUGAUCACUUUUGUGAAAUGUUUUAGGUUACGUUGUUGUUUUCAAAUUUUUGGCCCCUUCCCGGGCCGGUAGCGAAAUUCUGACGACUAGCAUUUACCGCUAUCGCUUGGUCUUGUCACUUUGUAACUUAGAAGCUAAGGUGCG